AUGACGACUCUCGGCGAUUUUAUGGCCAAGUUGCCGCAGCCCCUCCUGUGGGCUUACGCCGGCAUUGGAGCUCUCUAUGUGGCGAGCAAGGCUUUCAACUAUCUCAAGUUUUUCCUGAAUGUCUUUGUUCUCAGCGGCACCAAUCUUCGCAAGUACGGCAAGAAGGGCACCUGGGCCGUUGUUACUGGAGCUUCAGAUGGCUUGGGCAAGGAGUUCGCUACGCAGCUUGCCUCCAAGGGCUUCAACCUCGUUCUAGUCUCCCGCACCCAAUCCAAGCUCGAGAUACUCUCCAGUGACCUUGGCAACAAGUUUUCUGGCCUCCAAACCAAGAUUCUCGCCAUGGACUUCACCGCCGACGAUGCUUCUGAUUAUGACCGCCUGUCUAGUUUAGUGGAUGGACUGGACAUCGGCAUCCUGAUCAACAAUGUUGGCCAAUCUCACAGCAUUCCUACUCCUUUCCUUCUCACCGACAAGAAGGAGCUCCAGGACAUCGUGACUGUUAACUGCCUCGGCACCUUGAAGGUCACUCAAGUUGUCGCCCCCGGAAUGCAAUCUCGCAAGCGCGGUCUCAUCCUAACCAUGGGCUCUUUUGGUGGCUGGGCCCCAACACCUUACCUCGCGACCUACUCAGGCUCCAAGGCAUUCUUGCAGCAAUGGUCAUCCGCGCUCGCUGCCGAGCUCAAGCCAAGCAACGUCGAUGUUCAGCUCUGCCUCUCCUACCUUGUGACUACUGCCAUGUCGAAGGUGCGACGCCCCAACCUGCUUAUCCCUAACCCGAAGCAAUUUGUCCGGGCUGCGUUGGGAAAGGUCAAAUCUGGAAGUUGGCAGACUAUGCCGGACACGUACACGCCGUACUGGACCCAUGCGAUUAUGGGAUGGGCUGUUGAAACCUUCCUUGGGGUCGGUAGUGGACUGGUUCGAUGGUACAACUUGAAGAUGCACGUUGAUAUCCGCAACAGAGCAUUGCGCAAGGCUGCUCGGGAUGCGAAGAAGCAGUGA